AUGGCCUUCCCCUCAGACACCUGCGAGACGCUGCAACAAGGGCCAAAGAACUCCCUCGAUGGAUCUCAGGAAGACUCUCUCAAUAGCUCUCACAACGACUCCCUUAGUGGCUCUCACAACGACUCCCUUAGUGGCUCUCACAACGACUCCCUUAGUGGCUCUCACAACGACUCCCUUAGUGGCUCUCACAACGACUCCCUUAGUGGCUCUCACAACGACUCCCUUAGUGGCUCUCACAACGACUCCCACAGUGGCUCUCACAACGACUCCCUCAAUGACUCUCACAACGACUCCCUCAGUGGCUCUCACAACGACUCCCUCAGUGGCUCUCACAACGACUCCCUCAGUGGCUCUCACAACGACUCCCUCAGUGGCUCUCACAACGACUCCCUCAGUGGCUCUCACAACGACUCCCUCAAUGGCUCUCACAACGACUCCCUCAAUGACUCUCACAACGACUCCCUCAGUGGCUCUCACAACGACUCCCUCAAUGACUCUCACAACGACUCCCUCAGUGGCUCUCACAACGACUUCCACAUACGAUGUAUUUUAUGA